GGAGGAGGAGGAGGAGGAGGGAGGACACGGGUAGCGAUUGCUGCUGCUGGGCAGAGAGGAGUCGUGCAGGCUGCGGCUGCACUCGGACGCCACAUUCCCUCAACACGGGGCUGGUGGUGAGGAUGAGCGAGAGUUGACCCUGCCGCUGCCGCCGCCUGUGCUGUGAAGUGUCUGCUCCUCCUCCUCCCCUGCUGUGGGUGAACCUGCGCUACGGGCUCUUCACCGACACGGGAGGGGGGGAUUGGUUUGUUUGUGUAUUUGUUUAAGGCAAAGAGAGAGAAAGCGAGAGAUCUUCCAUCCACUGAAGCACAGUUCACUAUGGUCGUACUCGCAUUCAGCACUGGAAGCCGGUUGGAUUUCGUGUCUCAGUCCAGGGUGUUUUUCUUGCAAACGUUCCUUUGGAUUUUAUGUGCUACAGUGUGCAAAGCGGAGCAGUAUUUCAAUGUGGAGGUAUGGUUACAAAAGUAUGGCUACCUUCCACCAACUGACCCCCGAAUGUCGGUGUUGCGCUCUGCAGAAACCAUGCAAUCAGCUAUAGCUGCAAUGCAGCAGUUCUAUGGCAUUAAUAUGACAGGAAAAGUGGACAGGAACACAAUUGACUGGAUGAAGAAACCACGGUGUGGUGUGCCUGACCAAACAAGAGGUAGCUCCAAAUUUAGCAUUCGUCGGAAACGCUAUGCGUUGACAGGACAGAAAUGGCAGCACAAACAUAUCACUUACAGCAUAAAGAACGUCACUCCAAAAGUAGGUGAUGCUGAAACGCGCAAAGCCAUUCGCCGUGCCUUCGAUGUGUGGCAGAAUGUAACUCCUCUAACAUUUGAAGAGGUUCCUUAUAUUGAAUUAGAAAAUGGCAAGAGGGACGUGGAUAUUACAAUCAUUUUUGCAUCGGGUUUUCAUGGAGACAGUUCUCCCUUUGAUGGGGAAGGAGGAUUUUUGGCUCACGCAUAUUUCCCUGGACCAGGAAUAGGGGGAGACACUCAUUUUGACUCAGAUGAGCCAUGGACUUUGGGAAAUCCCAAUCAUGAUGGAAAUGAUCUGUUUCUAGUUGCAGUGCAUGAACUGGGACAUGCUCUGGGCUUGGAGCAUUCUAAUGACCCCACUGCAAUCAUGGCUCCAUUUUACCAGUAUAUGGAAACUGACAACUUCAAGCUGCCUAAUGAUGAUUUACAGGGGAUCCAGAAGAUAUAUGGUCCACCUGACAGGAUCCCACCACCAACAAGACCUCUGCCAACAGUGCCCCCACAUCGUUCAAUUCCUCCAGCAGACCCACGGAAGAAUGACAGGCAACCUAAACCUCCCCGGCCACCCACUGGUGACAAACCUUCCUAUCCUGGAGCCAAGCCUAACAUCUGCGAUGGGAACUUCAACACUCUGGCUAUUCUUCGCCGGGAAAUGUUUGUUUUCAAGGAUCAGUGGUUCUGGCGAGUCAGAAACAACAGGGUGAUGGAUGGAUACCCCAUGCAGAUUACCUACUUCUGGAGGGGACUGCCUCCCAACAUUGAUGCAGUUUAUGAAAACAGUGAGGGGAAUUUUGUCUUCUUCAAAGGUAACAAGUUCUGGGUUUUCAAGGACACUACUCUCCAGCCAGGUUACCCUCAUGAUUUGAUAACACUUGGAAGCGGAAUUCCUUCCCAUGGCAUUGAUUCAGCAAUUUGGUGGGAAGAUGUUGGGAAAACCUACUUCUUCAAAGGAGAUAGAUACUGGAGAUAUAGUGAAGAAAUGAGAUCCAUGGACCCUGGUUAUCCAAAACCUAUCACAAUUUGGAAAGGUAUCCCAGAAUCCCCUCAGGGAGCCUUUGUCCACAAAGAAAAUGGCUUCACAUAUUUCUACAAAGGAAAGGAGUACUGGAAAUUCAAUAACCAGAUGCUCAGGGUGGAACCUGGCUACCCCAGAUCCAUCCUCAAGGAUUUUAUGGGUUGUGAUGGACCAACAGAUCGAGAUAAAGACCGACACAGCCCUCAAGAUGACGUUGACAUUGUCAUCAAACUGGACAACACAGCCAGCACUGUGAAAGCCAUAGCCAUCGUCAUUCCCUGCAUCUUGGCCUUGUGCCUCCUCGUCUUGGUUUACACUGUGUUCCAGUUCAAAAGGAAAGGAACACCCCGCCACAUACUGUACUGCAAACGCUCUAUGCAAGAGUGGGUGUGAUAUAGGGUUCUAGUUUUUCUCUUUCCCUCCCGGGAGUUGUGGUAACUUGAGAGUCAACACAAGAGCUGUUAUGCAGUUUCCUAGGUAGAAGCGGGCAUCUGUCAGUCUGAAACAAAGCUGAUCUUUCAAACCCAGGGGUUUGCCUGUCCUGCGCAUGAGUGGCGAAUCGCUCAGCUGGGAAGCUUCCAUGAUACACAGUAUCUGCUGUUUCUUGAGUCCUUUGUCUUUCUUUGUCAUUUGAUUCUAGGCCUUUCCUCUGCACGUUCAAUGCCCUACAAACUAUCAGGAUUAACUAAUGAAGAGGAAAACCCGAGAAAAUCUCCGACGUUUCUACAUUUCCCCCCUUAAGGCCUGUUCCCCUUUGAAAAUUUUUUUGCUGAAAGUAAAUUUUUUUAGAAAAAAAACACAACAACCCACAAUGGAACUUCCAGGAAAGUGAGAAGAUCCAAAACAGCUUUGUCUCCAAAGAGGAUUGCUUUCUGUUUGCUACGGAUAAAGUCCUUUACUCCUACUUCCGGUUUUGUCAGGUGGGAGACUCGGAUGACACACAGGACUUCAGACUGUUUGGACAGCCAUUUUCCAACAAACAAGGGGCCAAAAUAUCUGCAAUAUAGUAACAGCCUUAAUAAUACAUUCAUUUUGUGUUUUUUACAGCUGCUCUGGGCUACGUCCUCAAUGUUUUAAACUCAUUUAUAUUCAUUACGAUAUCCAAGCAGAACCUUUUUAUUGGUUUGUUUGAUUUGUGGUUGGUUUUCCUGCAUAAUCUUUCCCAAGAUGUACCAAGCCAACUGCCCCAGGCCUUUUAUAGGUCUGUCAGGAGCACUCAUUCCAAAGCAUGGUAAAAAGCAGUGUGUCUCUGAAGUGGAUUUCAGUGAACUAAAGCAACAGUCAUGCUACAGAGAAAACUCGAUGCUCGUAUUACGUUGGUGGUGUAACCCUUUGAGAACUAUUGCAUCCGUUUUCAGAGUCUGGUGGAUGUUGAUCUUGGUUGUCAUUAAAUUAUAAGAUUGUGUUUGGGUAAUUCAGGUUUUUAAAGAAAAUCAGUUUUUCAAAGCAGAUUUCCUGUGACUGCAAGUGAGUGUUUUGAAUUAUUUGCAUUAUUGAUAGAAAGGGA